AUGGAACUUCUCUUUGCUGAAAAUAGAUUCAUCCCUAAUUUUAAGUGUGGUGUCCAGAACAAUCCAGCUGCAGUUAUUGGGGGACCUGACAUCUGUCUCUACAUGGCAACCAUACUGGGCAUCUACAAAGUUCCCCAGCUGACCUAUGGCUCUGCUCCAGUCACGGAUAAAGCAACUCAAGCUAUUUUCAUCCAGCAAAUGUUUCCAGAUGAAUCCCACCAAAAUAAGGGCCUCCUUCAGCUAUUGCUGUAUUUUAGAUGGAUCUGGAUUGGCUUUCUUGCUGUGAAUGAUGACAAAGGAGAGAAAGUUGUAGAGGUUGUCCUCCCCAUGUUGUCCACGAAUGGUAUCUGCUUGGAUUUCAUAGGAAAGUUCCCAAAUGUAGCUUUUUACAGUGACUUUACAGAUGUGAUGGAUGAAGCAUACAAAACCUACUAUAUCAUUGUGAAGAGCACAGCCAAGGUGAUAGUCUUAUAUGGUGCAAUGGAGUCCAUGACCUUUAUGAAAAUCCAUGAUCCAGAUAAUCAAUAUGCCACAAUCUGUACAAGAAGGGAGAAGAUGGCAACCCUUCCUGCAUCUGUGUUUGAACUUAGCAUGUCUGGCCACAGCUACAGUGUAUACAAUGCUGUCUAUGCUGUAGUGCAUGCUUUGGAGGCAAUGCGUUCAUCAAAAAUCAAGCACAACAAUAUUGUGGGUGGAAGACAGCAGAAGCUUCAGAAGCAACAAAUGUGGCAGCUUCAUACUUUCCUGAGAAGGGUUUCAUUCAACAACAGUGCUGGAGAAAAGAUUUCAUUUGACAAAGAUGGAGAACUAAUUGGUGGAUUUGAUAUUAAUAAGUGGGUCACAUUCCCAAACCAAUCAUUUUUUAGGAUCCAGGUUGCCAUUUGGUAUAACUGUGUGUGUUAUGCAUUAAACACACCACUGUUGCCUUCUUUUUCAGAUACGGAUGACUGCUCUCCAUGUCCUGAAGAUUAUUAUCCAAACCCUGAAAGAAAUAUAUGCAUUCCAAAACGUAUCACUUUUUUGUCCUAUGAAGAACCCAUGGGGAUCAGUCUCACUGUUCUUUCUCUUACUUUUUCUUUAAUGACAACUUUCGUAAUUACAACCUUCAUUAAACACAAAAACACUCCCAUCGUCAAAGCCAACAACCGGAAUCUCACCUACAUUCUCCUUGUUUCCCUCCUUCUCUCUUUCCUUUGUGUGUUUCUAUUUAUUGGGAGACCCAAUAAGACUGUGUGUCUCCUUCGACAACCAGCUUUUGGGCUCAUCUUUUCUGUGGCAGUUUCUUGUGUAUUGGCCAAAACCUUUGUUGUGGUUCUAGCAUUCAUGGCCACCAAACCUGGUUCAAGAAUGAAGAAAUGGGUGGGUGGAAGAAUAAUCAGUUUCAUUAUUUUUUCCUGCUCCCUUAUUCAAGCCAGCUUUUGUGCUGUGUGGCUGAUAAUGUCCCCACCAUACCCAGAUUUUGAUGUGCACUCAAUGUCUGAAGAAGUCAUGAUGGAGUGUAGUGAGGGAUCAGUCACCAUGUUCUACUCUGUCUUGGGCUUUAUGGGUUUCCUGGCCAUGGUCAGCUUCUCUGCUGCUUUUUUAGCUAGGAAGUUACCNNACAGUUUCAAUGAAGCCAAAUUCAUCACCUUCAGCAUGUUGGUCUUCUGCAGUGUUUGGCUAUGUUUUGUUCCAACGUAUCUAAGCACCAGAGGAAAAUACAUGCUGGCUGUGGAGAUCUUCUCCAUGAUUUCCUCCAGUGCUGGCUUACUGGUGUGUAUCUUCUUUCCCAAAUGUUUUAUCAUUGUAAUGAGACCUGAAUUGAAUAAUAAGCAUCAGCUAAUGAGAAGAAUGAUUUAA